AUGUUUGUUCUUAGUUUCCUGCUUUCUUUUUGGCGUGAUUGUUUUGGAUUAAUAGCUGAUUACUGUUGAAUGUUGAUAUCAUCUUAUUGAUUUGUGGGAAAGCGACGUUUUUUUUUUCUUUGUCUUUCUUGGUUUUGCUGUUGAUUGUUGGAUUUGGGUUGAUUCAGAUGUUAAUUGAUGGGUUUCUUUGUUUUUCUUCAUGUUUUUUAUUAAAAAUCAAUGAGAUUUUUUAUCCUGAGAGACUGUGAUUGCUUUCUCUGGGCGGGAAAAUUGGAGCUUGAUUUGAAGAAUUGGUACAAUAUGUUUUGUGUGGGGGGUUUUGGUGCAUUUUAAGUGAUUGAGGAUUGAGUUUUCAUGACUUGAAGGAUUGGAUGGCAGGAUCUAAUUUUGGGAUUGCUGGAUCUUAGGUUGUUGCUUGUUUAAUGAGAAAAAAAAUGUGAAUCUAACUCUGCUUAUGCUGUGAGUGAGGAAAAGCAGAAUUUGAGUAGAUUUGAGCUGCAUUAGUUUCAUGGGUUUUCUUUUCUUUUUUUAUUUUAUUUUAUUUUUUGUGUGUAUCAUACUGGACUGUUGUAUUGCCUUGACUCUGGUCCAUUGAGUACUGAACUUUUAGAUUCAAUUUUUUCUUGGUAUACACUAUGUGUUGGCUAUCAAGAAGUAAAAAAUGUACUUCAUUUUUGGAGAAAACCUGAUCUAUUGUCUCUUUCAAUAUUUUUGUGCCAAAUCAAUGUGCCUUUUCUGCUUUCACAUGCAGAAAUCAUGUAUCUAAUUUUCUCCUGGUCAGUGCCUGCCCAUGUUUUUUUGUGGUCCAAUGUUAUUGUGUGUUGAUCUACUUUAUUCUUUUCUAUGCUAUCUUGUUUUCUUAAACUUUCAGUUAGUUAUUAUUCUUGUCAUUUUUUGUCAUUGGCGUGAGAACAAAUUUUAUCUGUAGUCAUUAUCUUCAUGGACAAAUCACCAAUGAAAUUCAGCAUGGUUACUGUGGACUAAUUAACUAUCACUAUAUUCCUGCAGAAUCCACCUGUUGUUCAUUGAGGUCAAAGUGGAAUAGGUAGAGUACUUCCAUUAGGCUUAGUAGUUCAUGGCCGUGUCAAUGAGGGACGUGGAUUCCACCUUCCAUGGCGCUGGACAAAAGCCACAACAGCUCAGAAAAAUGGUGCACUUAGACAUGAUAUUCAUUAUUGGCUUGGCAAAGAUACAACUCUGGAUGAAUCUGGUACUGCUGCGAUCAAGACUGUUGAACUUGAUGCAGCCCUUGGAGGGCGUGCUGUUCAAUACCGUGAAGUUCAAGGCCAUGAGACUGAAAUGUUCUUGUCUUACUUCAAACCAUGUAUUAUUCCACAACUAGGUGGGGUAGCAUCUGGCUUCAAGCAUGCUGAAGUUAACAAACAUGAACAUCAGACACGCUUAUUUGUGUGCAAAGGCAAGCAUGUUGUCCAUGUAAAAGAGGUUUCUUUCACUCGGACAUCUCUCAAUCAUGAUGAUGUUUUCAUUCUUGAUACCGAUGCUAAGAUUUUCCAGUUCAAUGGAUCAAAUUCAUCUAUUCAGGAGAGGGCUAAAGCUCUUGAAGUUGUUCAGUACAUAAAGGAUACUUAUCAUGAUGGGAAGUGUGAGGUCGCGGCAGUUGAGGAUGGAAAGUUGAUGGCUGAUGCUGAGGCUGGAGAAUUCUGGGGAUAUUUUGGUGGCUUUGCUCCUCUUCCUAGAAAAGCAGCAUCUGAAAUUAUUAAGCAUGUAGAGCCCUCUCCUGCAAAGCUGUUUUGUUUAAACAAAGGACAGCUCAAAGUAAUAGAAGCUGAUAAAUUGACAAGAAAGUUGUUGGACACCUAUAAAUGUUACCUGCUUGAUUGUGGGGUUGAAGUUUUUGUAUGGAUGGGCAGAAAUACAAUUCUUGAGGAACGGAAAGCUGCCAGUUCUGCUGCAGAAGAGUUAAUCCGUGGACCUAGCCGACCAAAAGCUCAUAUUAUUCGUGUUAUUGAGGGUUUUGAGACUGUGAUGUUUCGAUCUAAAUUUGAUAUAUGGCCACAAACAGCUGAAGUAGGCAUAUCUGAUGAUGCUAGAGGCAAAGUUGCAGCGCUUCUAAAACGCCAAGGAUUUAAUGUGAAGGGUCUCACCAAAGCCACUCCUGCGAAGGAGGAACCUCAAUCAUAUAUUGAUUGUACGGGCAAUUUGCAGGUAUGGCGUGUGAAUGGCAAGGGGAAGACCCUUCUUCCAACUCCCGAUCUUUCAAAAUUUUAUAGUGGGGAUUGCUAUAUUUUCCAAUAUUCAUACCCCGGAGAAGAUAAGGAGGAACAUCUUGUUGGUACUUGGUUUGGGAAAAAAAGCAUUGAAGAAGAAAGAACAUCAGCUAUUUUUCUUGCUGGAAAGAUGGUUGAGUCUUUGAAGUUUCAGGCUGUACAGGCUCGUAUUUAUGAAGGAAAGGAACCUGUUCAGUUUUUCUCAAUAUUUCAGAGCUUUAUAGUAUUUAAGGGUGGAUUGAGCUCAGGAUAUAUUAAUUUCUUGAAAGAAAAUGGCAUUGUUGAUGAUACAUAUUCAGAAGACAGCCUUGCACUUUUUCGUGUUCAAGGUUCUGGACCAGAUAAUAUGCAAGCAAUUCAAGUUGAGCCGGUGGCAUCAUCUCUGAAUUCAUCAUAUUGUUACAUAUUGCACAGUGGAAGUUCUGUUUUCACAUGGUCAGGAACCCUUACCACACCAGAGGACCAAGAGCUUGCUGAGAGACAACUAGAUGUGAUAAAGCCAAACAUUCAGUCUAGACAACAAAAGGAAGGGACCGAAAGUGAACUAUUUUGGAGUUUGCUUGGAGGCAAAUCUGAAUAUCCCAGUCAGAAAGUCAGCAAAGAACCUGAAUAUGAUCCACAUCUGUUCUCCUGCACAUUCUUAAAAGGCAACCUAAAGGUCACAGAAGUAUUCCACUUCACGCAAGAUGACUUGAUGACCGAAGAUAUAUUCAUUCUCGAUUGUCAGACAGAUAUCUUUGUUUGGGUUGGACAAAAUGUAGAUUCAAAGAACAAAUUACAAGCGUUUAAAAUCGGAGAGAAAUAUCUAGAAUGUGAUUUUCUUUUGGAGAAAUUACCUCGAGAAACUCCAAUAUUUGUCGUUAUGGAAGGAAGUGAGCCACAAUUUUUCACUCGCUUCUUUAUAUGGGAUUCUGCUAAAGCGACUAUGCACGGCAAUUCAUUCCAGAGGAAGCUCGCUAUAGUGAAAAAUGGAGUCACUCCGACGUCCGAUAAACCUAAGCGAAGGGCACCUGCGUCAUAUGGAGGAAGAUCUAGUGUGCCAGAUAAAUCUCAGCGCUCCAGAAGUAUGUCAUUCAGUCCUGACCGUGUCCGUGUCAGAGGAAGAUCUCCUGCCUUCAAUGCUCUAGCGGCUAAUUUUGAGAACCCUAAUGCCAGGAACCUUUCAACCCCACCUCCAGUUGUGAGGAAAAUUAUUCCAAAAUCGAUAAGUCCUGAUUCUAUUAAAGUGGCCCCUAAGUCGUCAGCAAUUGCUGCGCUGAGUGCUUCUUUUGAACAACCGAAAGUAGUUAUCAUGCCGAAAUCAAUCAGAGUGAGCCCGGAGGUGAACAAACCAAAACCAGCAGUGAGUGCCAAGGAAACCCCGACCUCAAUGAGCACUAGGAUUGAAGGCCUAACUAUUCAAGAAGAUACAAAGGAGAAUGAAGCCGAAGAUGAGGAAGGGCUUAUUAUUUUCCCAUAUGAACGCCUAAAAGUAAAGUCCACAAAUCCUGUCACUGGUAUAGAUGUAACAAAAAGAGAGACUUAUCUCUCAUCUGCAGAAUUCAGAGAGAAAUUUGGUAUAACAAAGGAAAAUUUCUACAAGUUGCCCAAGUGGAGGCAGAACAAGCUUAAGCUCACUCUGCAGUUGUUCUAAAUACUUAAAGGAGCCUGCUAUUCCUUGAGUUCGAUCAUUCCCAAUCAUAUCAACAUCAUGAGUUUUGGUCACCCGGGUUUAUCUGGGGAGGACCCAAAUUACGGACAAGAGGGACGAAACCAGUGUUUUUUUAGCUGGUUUUGCUCCCAAAUAAUUUGUUCAUCACGAACAUUGAAUUCCUACAACUGCCUCCCUGUUUUUAUUUAGGUUUGUGUUGUUGUUUAAUAGUGGUGUGUUAAUUUUUGCGGCCGGAGGUUGUUUCUUGACUUGCAUUGUUGUUCAUUAUUUUGAUUUUAUUUACUGAUUACUUCUGAAAGGCAUAGAGUUGUGUGAAAGUUUCGGUUUGUAAUGUAGUUGAAUGAAAUAAUGAUGUGUGUACAGCACUAUAGAGCA